UUUAGUAAACGCCGGCAUUUGACAUUUCUUUGUCCUCUUCAUACAUUUUACCUCCUCCUUUGGGUCGUAAUACAAAAAAUUAGUGUAAUACCACGUAAGCCCAAUCAACUAACUUUGUUGUCUUGGUUAAAUUGUUAAAUUAGGAAAAUGUAUCAGUUGGGCUUAAAAAGCUUGCAAUUGCAGCUGCUUUUAUUGGCAAUAAUAGUAACGUUAUCCGUAGCGGACGUCCCUCGACCGGUAGGUGUACCGCUAUACAAGGCCUCAUUGUACGCUCCUCGCCCGGACAAAAGUUGGGUAUGUCUAGAUAGCAAAAAAACAAUUCGUCAUACACAGAUAAACGAUGAUUUCUGCGAUUGCGAAGACGGUAGCGAUGAACCAGGAACAUCAGCUUGCCCAAAUGCUGUUUUUAAUUGUGAAAAUGUUGGAUUCCGCCAACAAGACAUUCAAAGUACACGUGUGAAUGAUGGAAUAUGUGACUGCUGUGACGGCAGCGACGAAUGGAAAGAUGGUGGUAAUACAUGUGCAAACACUUGUUUAGAGUUAGGACGUGUAGAGGAAGAGAUAAAACGGUCAUUAGCAGAUUUACAUAAGCGCGGUAGUGAAAAACGAGCAGAACUGAUUAGCAAAGGUAAACAAAUGCGCACCGAACGUGAAGCAAAACAUAAAGUGCUGCAACAAAGACGCAAUGAGCAGGAAGCAAUUAAAGCAGAAAAAGAGCAAUUGAAAAGAAAUGCAGAAGCCGCUGAAGCAGAAGCUCUAGAAAUAUAUAAGGAGCAACAGCGUGAAAAAGAUGCAGCUGCGGCCGAGGCCGCAAAAUCACAAGAAGAUUCACAGACCAUGCGCUAUGAGUCUGAAGCGGCAUUUAUUAAAUAUGAUACGAACAAGGACGGUUUUGUGGAAGUAACUGAGUUAAUGGUAGACAUGACACUAGAUCGUGACCGCAAUGGUAUUGUAACUGUUGAGGAAGCAAAGUAUUUCCUCGAUGAACGCGAUCGCAUUGAUUUAGAUUCAUUUUAUGAUUUGUCGUGGCCACGCAUUAAACCGCUUAAGAUGUUAGCUGAAGGUCUUUUUAAACCACCAACUGUCGAAGAUGUUGAACAUCCAGAAGAAGACGAAGGCGAUGAAGAGGGUCAGACGGGGCCUACAGGAUCAGAUCAACUCCCAAUCGAAGAAGAUCAUGAACAUGAAGGUGCCUACGGAGAGGAAGACCUCUAUGAGGAUGAAGAAGGUGAAGCUGAUGUUGGUGUAGGAAGUGUGGCAGACGCAACACACCCGGAGCCUGAUUAUGAUCCGGAGACUAAACAUUUAAUAGAUCUGGCAAACGAGGCUCGCAAUGCUUACUCCGAAGCUGAGCAGAAAGUACGCGAAAUCGAAAAUGAGAUUAAAAACAUUGCAGAUCAGACUUCAAAGGAUUAUGGGCUUAAUGAAGAAUAUGCUGCAUUGGACGGCGAAUGUUUUACAUUUGAAGAUCGAGAAUACCUUUAUACUUUAUGUCCUUUCGAACGUGCUUCACAAAAACAACGCAGCAGUGGGCAUGAAACUAAUUUGGGAAGCUAUGAGCAGUGGAUUGGAGAUGGUGAUAAAAAAUACCAGAAACAAAAGUAUGCCCACGGUACUGCUUGUUGGAAUGGACCGCAACGUUUAACAAUUGUAGACUUCAAAUGUGGUCUUGAAAAUGGCAUUAAAUCUGUAGCAGAACCUAAUCGCUGUGAAUACAAUUAUGUGUUCGAAACACCAGCUGCUUGUGAUGGUGUGGUUGCAGACGACACUCGUCAACGAGAUGAACUCUAAAAUAAGGUGAAAAAGAGAUACAAGUGCUCACAUUCAUAUUUUGAAUGAACCUUCAGUAGAUAUUUAUCCACAUGUGUCUAGUGUCGUUUUAAUUAUAAAGGAAAAAAGUUAAGUGUAAACUCAAUGUAUUUAAUAAAUGUAAUUUAUACUGAAUUCUAGGAUCAUCAUCAGCAUUCCUUUGAUUGUAAAUCAUACCAGCAGGAAAUUUAUUUGUACACUUUUUAUAAUAUAUUUGUAAGUUUAAUUAGUAAAUAUUAUCCACUUGUAUUAACUGAUAUAAUGAUCAACAUAUAUAAAAUGUAAUAAUUUCCUGAUUGAAAUAAAGUAAAUACUUCCGAUCGCCUAUUUACACAA